AUGAGAGCGCAAAAUUCAAGCGGUAGCGACUACCACCGGAAGGAGGGGUUUGCGCAGGUUGCAAGAUGGAUUGCAUUUGACCCGGAUAGCGAAUCAUUCAUUUACCGCAAGUUUGAUGAGCUUGCGGCUCGAAAUUUGCUAUACCUACAAUCUGAACUUCUCGUUCUUGAAAAGCAACUCGAUCAAACAGAUAAAAACGACGCCGAAAGCGACGAUAUGGGCCUGGCAGACACUAUUAUGACAUGGGAAACACUAGAGCGGCAGUACAAGAAUGGUAAUGAGGAAGCACGAAUCCGCAUGAACCUAAUUGUAAAGAUGCGGGAUAAAUUAAAAGAAUAUCACGAAGCGCUUUUAUUACAAAGUGAGAUAGCAAAAUUGAAGCGACCCUCCAAGCGUGUUCUUACUGCAUAUCGAGAAUGGUUCAACAAACCACGCCCUGCUCUUGGUGGACUCUCAAAAACUUUUUUGGAUGACCCAAAUGAUCUUGAAGAGAUCUCUUUGGAUAACCGUUGCAGUGUUGGACGAUAUCAUGAGAAAUCCAUUGCUGCAGCAACUGCCAUCAUUAGCAUUCUUGUAGCUGCACUCCUGUUAGUCGGCUCCAUCACAGGUCUCUAUUUCGUCACUAGUGAUGCCUCUAAGCUCGGCAUGAUUGCUGCGUUCACGGCGUUGUUUGCCUUGAGCGUUGGCCUUAUGACCAGUGCAAAAAGAGCCGAGAUAUUUGCAUCUACAGCAGCGUAUGCGGCCGUACUCGUGGUGUUUGUGAGCGGAAGCAUCUCAAGCUCUACAAGUUUACCCACAACAUGA